UUUGUGCGUAGUGACGUGGCUGUGGGGAGUUUGGGGGGACGUGGUCGGAGGGCUGAGGCCUGUGGGGUCAGCCGACUGUUCUCCGCCUUCUAAUAUGAGGUUCGCGCGUCGUGUCUCGGUGCACUGUUGUGACUGGCAGCCUGCUGACGUUCCGUGCACCGGUGUUGCGACGUUCAUGCAAGAGGUGGCCUGGUAAAGAUGGCGGACGUGGGCCCGGCUCUGGCCCGGGAAGGCUGGUAUCUUUCUCAAGAAGGAAUUGAAGCCUGUAUUACUUUGUCCACAAAGUCUGAUGUAAAAGAUAUCAUUCAUAUUGCACUAAAUAGUGAUCUAAGAACGAUUGGGAAAAAGUUUCUUCCAAAUGAAAUCAAUAGCGGACGAAUGGAACAGCUUGAAGGCCCAUGUGUCUUGCAAAUCCAAAAGAUCAGAAAUAUCUCUGCACCAAAAGAUCACGAGGAGUCUCAAGCUGCACCAAGAAUGUUGCGUGUGCAGUUGACAGAUGGACACGUCAAUUGCAUAGGCAUAGAGUUCAGUAAUCUACCAAAAAUAAGCCUCAAUACCCCACCUGGAACAAAAGUAAGACUAUGUGGAACUAUUAAAAUGAGAAAUGGAUUUCUGUUGUUGCAAGACACCAAUGUUCUUGUUCUUGGUGGUGAUGUAGAUCAGCUAAUUGAAAAAUGGAAGCUGCAAAGGAGUUUAGCAAAAUACAAUAGAAGUAAUAUUGGAGCUGAAGGCGGACCGCCUCCUUUCGUCCCAUUUGGACAGAAAUGCAUGUCUCGUGAUCAAGUUGAUAGCAGAGAUCUUGAUAAAAGGAAAACUCUGCAGGUUGCUAGUACAAAUAAAACUGGGGGUGGCGAUGAAUUUGAAAAGCAAAGGACUGCUGCUAUUGCAGAGAUUAGCAAGAAUAAAGAGGCGAAGACAUUUGGUGGUGGGAACAAUGCCCGGAGCAAUUUAAACUCAAGUGGUGUUGGUAACAGAAACAAGGAUACCUUUCAGAAGAACAAAGAGGAAAGAAGUCAAAGAGUGGAUGGGAAACCUGAAGGAGUAUAUCGAGAAUUGGUUGAUGAGCGAGCUCUGCAGCACAUAAUUGAAAUGGGUUUCAGCAAGGAGGAAGCAAGACAAGCUUUGAUGGAGCACAGCAAUAGUUUGGAAAAUGCAUUGAAUUUUCUUCUCAACAGCAGCAAACCACAACCUCCUGUGCAUAACCCUGUGAGAGGGAGAGGAAGAGGCAGAGGGAGGUCAAGGUCUGAAGAUGACGAAGGUUUAGCAGGUGCCAGACCAUCUGCACCAAGCACUUUGUUUGACUUCCUGGAAUCGAAGAUGAGUUCCUUGACUGUUGAAGAGUCAAAACUGGAGCCUCCACACCAUUCGGGUGCUGAUAAAGAUAUUGCUGUGAAGGGCUAUCAGCAGAAGAAUACACCCUGGAAUAAUGAUCGACCGCAGAAACAUGACAGACCACCUCGUUUUCAAAGGGAGAAUAUAUUGGCAAGGCAAGCCUCUGAGAACUGUGGGCCGCCAAAGGGCAGAGGUCCUGAUAGACAGACCUCUUCGGGAUGCAGUAACUGGACAGAUGAUGGAAGAAGAGGUGGCAGGCAUUAUGCAGCGCAAGGACAACAAGUCGUUCACUUGGAUAAUGAAACAACUCGAAAGAGUAAGGGAGAUAACACAACAAGUAAAUUUGGAGAUGGUCCAAAUUCAAUGGAAUUUAAAGGCGGCCUGAGUCAAAAAGAUAAACUGGAAAACAAUACUCAACAAAGAGCAAAAUUUGAAAACCAGCGACAUAAUUAUAGUAUUUACAAUGAGCAGAAAGCCAUGGAACUUUCGCAAAUAAUAGGUAGUGGAAUCUCUAGAAAUGUGAAUAAUGAAAAGGACUUCAAUUUUCACAUUGAUGACAAGUACAGUGCGCAGAUUAUUGGUGCAUAUAAUACAUCGAAUGGCCAAAUAGAUCCCUUUCUGAGAAAAAGAACAGGACCUAUAAAAUCCACAGAAUCUGUCCAGUCAAAGCUUGCUGAAUAUUCAAGCAAUAAUGGAAUUUAUGAUUCAGUGUCAAAGAAAAGAACUGGACCAAUUAAGCGGGAAAGAACAUGGGGAAAGCCUUAUGAAAUGGAGAACUCUGCUUCUGUACUGUCAACUAAAACACUGAGUGAUUGGAGACCAGGAGAUCAUUGUCUAGCUCUCUACUGGGAAGAUAACAAGUUUUAUCGUGCCAUCAUCAAGGCACUUCAUCCUUCAGGAGUGACAGCAGUUGUUGUGUUCAGCGGCUAUGGAAACUAUGAGGAAGUACUUCUAAGUAAUAUUAAACCACUUCAGGAGGAAUUCUGGGAAGAGGAGGAAGAAUCGUUUGAGAAUACAUUAGAAUUUUGUCAUGGUGGAAAUGGACAGCAAAGGCGAUCCACAAGACCUACUCAACAGUAUUAUCAACCACCAGGAGCAAGGAAGUGAUGCAGGUACACAACUGGAAAUACAGAAGUGGAGUGUGCUUCCAUUUGUUUCCCGCUGAAUGAUUUACAAACAAUGAAGAUGUAUUGUGCAAAGGAAAAUACUGGACACUCAAUAUAGGAUGUUAGUUCCAAAAUGUACAGCAUAAAGAACUUUUGUACAUGUAAUUUUUAAUCCUAUUAAUAAAACUUAGUGUACUGUGAUAAUAUUUUGCCUUU